GGUGUCCAUGUAAAGGAUGACGCAACUAAGAAUGAUUGAGUUUCUGCUUCUACUUCACAUUCUGCAUACCCAUUCAGACAUGCUUUGGGACUGGCACACGUUUGAUGUGCACCUCUCUCGUAAAAGAAUCUGUGCUGUGAGAGGAUCGUCAGUGGUCAUGCCCUGCAAUUUCACUCAUCUUCCUGGUCUCAAAGUCACUAAAGUCUUCUGGGGGAUUAAUCUUGAAAAGAAGAACAAUUUCCAGGAUAUACAUGAGAGUCCUCAGCACAAAGGCCGUGUGCAGUACUUUUGGAAUAAGGAUGGCAACUGCACAUUGAAAUUGAGUGAGCUGAUGAUGUCAGACAAUGGGGAGUAUUACGUCAUAUUUGCAACACCAAACAAGAGCUGGCGGAGCAAAUCUGAAGUCACUUUGUUUGUCAAAGACUUUUCUGUCCAGAUUCCUGACCCAGUGAUUGAGGGUAGUGAGGUGAAGCUGAGUUGCAGCACCCCGUGUGGUCUGGAGGGUAAAGUCAGAGUUAUAUGGAGAAAAAAUGGAGAAGAUUUACCUGUUGAACAAACAAACAACUUUGAGCUUCUGCUCCAGAGAGUCAGUAUGGAGGACGAAGGCCACUAUUCCUGUGCAGUGAAGAUCCAAGAAGAUCUCCCCUCAUCAUCAGUGAAGCUUAAUGUCAUGUUCCCUCCAAGGAUCCCUUCAGUCUCUGUCAGACCAGCUGAUGAGAUUCCUGAGGGAUCUUCAGUGACUCUGACCUGCAGCAGUGAUGCCAACCCACCAGUGCAGAGCUACACCUGGUUUAACACCAAUGGAUCAAUAGUCUCAAAACUAGAAGCAGGAAAAUAUUACAACAUCAGGAAUGUCAGCUCUAAACACACUGGGUAUUACUACUGUGAGGCCAAGAACAAAUAUGGUGCCAGUAAUUCUACUGGCAUUCACUUGGAUGUUCUCUGUGAGUACUUUUUUUCCCAGCACAGAAUAUUAACCAUUUUGUACUGGAUUACUGAAUGGAACUCUAUGCUCCGCUUUUUUAAUAUUGAGCAGAUGAACCCCUAA